AAAUUAGCCAAUGGCCAAUCAUUGGUGCGGGAUCUGUUCCUUGCAGAGGUCCGAUAAACAAAACAGACCCAGCAGAUUUCGGAGUGAUGGCGGCAUUUGCGCGAAGCUCCAAGGAGCUUACCAAGUUAACGAAGUUCAGAUCAAGAAUUUUACAAAAUGCCGUAAAGUCACUCUCUUCAAGCACUGUGGAUAGAGCGGAUUCUAGUGGGAAGGCAAGACUUAAUAAGAAGCUUAAAGAUGAAGCAGACACUGUAAUUAUUGGUGGAGGCUGUGUUGGUGCAAGUAUAGCAUAUCAUCUUGCCAAGCAAGGACAAAAAGACGUGGUUUUGCUUGAAAAGUCAGAGCUGACAGCAGGAUCAACAUGGCAUGCUGCUGGUCUUGUGACACUUUACCACCCAGGUAUUAACCUGAAAAGAAUUCAUUACUACAGCAUCAAUCUGUAUGCUCAAAUUGAAGCAGAAACUGGACAGCAAGUUGGUUUCCAUCGGCCAGGCAGCCUGAGGCUGUUGACUACACCUGGUAGGGUUGAUGAAGCAAAAUAUCAACUGCAAAGGCAAGGAUGGCAUCAGUCUCCAAUGACUCUGUUGUCUCCAACAGAAGUUCAAGAACUGAUGCCCAUUAUGAACUGCAGUGAUGUUCUUGGAGGGCUUUUUACACCUGAUGAUGGACAUAUUGACCCAUAUUCCUUGACGCAAGCGCUUGCAAUAGGUGCAAGGAUGCAUGGUGCUGAGAUAUACAUGCCUGCUCCAGUCACAAAACUGAACCAGUUAGAGAAUGGCAAAUGGGAGGUUGAAACCCCACAUGGCACAAUAAAAGCCAACCGUAUUGUGAAUGCAGCAGGUUUCUGGGGACAAGAACUAGGAAGAUUGGUCGGAGUCGAACAUCCCAUAACACCAAUUCAUCAUCAAUAUGUUGUCACAACUACAAUACCAGAGGUAAAAGAGCUGAAACGUGAAAUUCCAGUUGUAAGAGAUUUGGAAGGGUCCUAUUAUCUACGAAUGGAGAGGGAUGGUUUGCUUUUUGGACCGUACGAAGAGGGACAAAAAAUGAGGCUUCAAGGAGAAUGGUGGGAUGGUGUUCCUGAUGGUUUUGGAAAAGAACUAUUUGAAAGCGACCUUGAUCGAAUAAUGGACAAUGUAAACAGUGCAAUGGAUAGAUUUCCUUGCUUGCAAACUGCAGACAUUGGAAGUGUUGUAGCCGGUCCAAUUACCUAUACACCAGACAUCCUUCCAAUGGUUGGCCCAUUCCCAGAAAUACAUAACUACUGGCUGGCACUUGGUUUUGGCUACGGGAUAGCCCAUGCAGGCGGUGUUGGUAAAUACCUGGCAGAUUGGAUCAUUGACGGUGAACCUUCUUAUGACCUCAAUGAGCUUGACCCUGGGCGUUAUGGUAAAUGGACCAACAAGAAAUUCGUUUUAGAAAAAUGUCGUGAGUCUUAUGGUUUUAACAACCUUCAAGCGUAUCCCAAGGAGGAGAGAUUUGCAGCUAGACCACAACGAACAAGUCCAGUAUAUGAGCACACCUUGAAAGAAGGGGCUGAAAUGGGUUUCCACAAUGGUUGGGAAGUUCCACAUUGGUACCAGCAGCCUGGAGAUGAAAUGGGAUACAAACCAAGCUAUUUUCGUACGAACUGGUUUGAACCUGUUCGCAGGGAAUGUGAGAUGAUUUUAAAAAGUGUUGGCGUAGGAGAUUUGUCUGCCUUUGCAAAGAUCGAAAUCAAGGGCAAAGAUGCCUCAAAGUUCUUAGAUUACAUCGUCGCGAACAAACUCCCCCCGGUUGGUGGUGUUAAUGUCAGCCAUAUGUUGACGCCAAAAGGCAAGGUGUACGCUGAAAUCACUGUGUCGACACUUGGGCCUAACCACUAUUUCAUCAUAACAGGCAGUGGCUCCGAAUAUCACGAUUUAAGAUGGUUAUUGGAAAAUGCAAGAGAUUUUGAAGAUGUUCAGAUAGUGAAUAAAACUGAUGAAAUGGCUUGCAUAUCAAUUGCUGGACCUUUGUCUAGAGAUUUGUUGUCUAAAUUGACACCGGAAGAUGUUUCAAAUAAAUCAUUUAGGUUUAUGAAGUGUAAAAAUAUGGAGGUAGCUGGAGUUCCUGUGUUAGCAUUAAGAGUGUCGUACACUGGGGAACUAGGCUGGGAAUUCUAUGUUAAGAAUGAAGAAACCGCCAAGCUAUAUGAGGCUAUUGUUGAUGCUGGAAAAGAGUUUGGUAUUGGUCAUUUUGGAUCGUAUGCAGUUAAUUCAAUGAGACUUGAGAAAGGGUUCAGGCUAUGGGGUGCUGAAAUGAAUCUUGACGUUGGUCCGUAUGAGGCUGGCUUGGAUUUCUUUAUUAAACUUGAUAAGGGAGUCAAUUUUAUUGGAAGAGAUGCGCUGCUCAAACAGAAAUCCACGUUGUUGACGAAGAAACUGGUUUGUCUAACACUUGACACUGAUAAUAUCGACGCAGAAGGAAACGAAACAAUCUGGUAUCAAGGAAGGGUCGUUGGCAAUACAACAUCUGGUGCGUUUGGUUAUCAAGUUGGAAAGAGUAUAGCAUACGCUUAUCUUCCGACCAUCUUUCAAGAUAUUGGCACUGAGGUCGAGGUUGAACUUGUUGGUAAGAAAUACAAAGGAACUGUUACAAAAGAACCAUUGGUUCCUCUUGAGGCUGCUAGGGCUAGGUUAGCUGCAAAGAAGAGUGUCACGGCUUGAUUUUUUCGUAGUUGAUGGAUCUUGCAAGCUUUAUACAGGCUUGUAUCUUUUUAUAUCGAUAAAUAUGUAUGUAGAAUUGUCAGUAACUAUCCACUUGGUGGAAUCUCAAAUCAUGGGAAUUUUAAAUAUGAUUCUUUUCAUUGUACUUUUUCCAUAUAAAGGAAAUUAUUGCUUAAUAUAGUAAUAUAUAAGGAACACCGCAACGCGACGAGAAUAAUCAACAACAAACACACAAAUCAGUGAUGGCUAAAUUAUUGCUUGCAUCAACUGAGCUACAAAGAGCUCAAUCUGGAACACUUCCUGUCAGUUUUGGUAUGAGUUCCUUUACCCAAGUGUGUAUCUAUUCAUCCAGCACUCCUGACACUCCUUCGUAUUAAGUAUAUAGCCAUAAAUACAAGGAUACUUAGACCUAACGCUGUGUAUUAGUAUCUGUGUAUGGGAUUUUUUUUAAAAAAGUUUCCAGAUUCAA